UAUUUGACCACAGCAAAUGAUCUCGGUCCUCAGAAGAAUUUCAGCAUCGGCAUCGACGUCUCCGUUCUUGAAGCUCAUGAACAACUCACCACCCCCUCCUCCUUCGCGGAGGCUCGUGGCCUUGGCCCAGCAACUGCGGCUCUACAAGCCCCCGCCCGAUUUCGAGGACGCCGAGGAACAGCGGAUCGAAGAGACCGCCGGCAAGGUCGUGUCUCAGGUGGGCUUCCCGGAAUCGGCGACCCCGAUGGCCCGCGACCCGGGAAGGUUCACACCCAAAAGAGCCGCGGUCUUGAUCUGCCUCUUCGAAGGCGAUGAUGGGGAGUUGCGCGUCAUCCUCACCAAGAGGUCCUCCGGAUUGUCCACCCACUCUGGUGAAGUAUCGUUGCCAGGUGGGAAAGCAGAGGAGGGUGAUAAGGAUGAUGGAGAUACGGCGACAAGGGAAGCCAAGGAGGAAAUUGGGUUGGAUCCUUCCCUUGUCAAUGUGGUAACUAUACUCGAGCCAUUCUUGUCCAAGCAUCUUUUGAGAGUAAUGCCGGUGAUAGGCAUACUUACUGACAAAAAAUCAUUUAAGCCCAUCCCAAAUCCUGCGGAAGUGGAAGCAGUAUUUGAUGCUCCGUUGGAGAUGUUCAUCAAGGAUGAAAAUCGAAGCGAUGAAGAGAGAGAGUGGUUGGGUAAUAAAUAUAUCAUUCAUUUCUUCGACUAUAAGGUGGGGAACAAGAAGUAUUUGAUAUGGGGGUUAACGGCAGGGAUUUUAAUAAGGGCCGCAUCAGUGGUAUACCAGCGGCCCCCAGCUUUUUUGGAGCAGAAUCCAAAGUUUAGAGUUCCUAGAAUGGUAAAUGAAGAUACUGUAAUGCCUUAAACCUGGCAAAAUUGUUGACAUACAUAUUUAAUAAAAGCAAGAAUCUUUUACUGCUGGAUUGAAUAUGCUGAAGACAAGUGCUUGGAUGUAUACUCUGCAGUACUAAAGCAUUGCAUAUCUGUAACUUAAUGCAUCUGUUUGAUGCUCUUAGUGAAGAUGUUGAUC